CUCUCUCCCUCCUCUGCUUUCUUCCUCAAGCUCUCGCUCUCCAGUACCAGCUUCUGUUCUUCCUCUCUUCUGUUGUCAGCUCUCCUUCUCUCUCUUCUCCCAUCCCUCUCUCUCUUCUCCUCUAUUCCAAGCCCUAAUCUCUUUAUCUCACUCUCCCCUUCGUCUCUUCUCCGAUUCCGUUCUCCGGCGAUGGCUAGGGUUUCGGGCGCUGUCGAGCGUGAGCUUGCGCGAGGCCUCUGAUGCGGGAGGGAAGAGGCUCUCUUUCCGCCGAGGGAAUCGUGCGCGUGACGUAGCGGGGAGAGCUUUUCUUGAUCUCUGCCUUGCUUUUUUCCGAGUUCCGAAGCAAGGGUUUUGGAAGGUUUCUGGCGAUUCAAAAGAGAGGAGGCUUGAUUCUCUGAUGAAAACGAGUGGGUUUGCCUUCAGAUCGAAGUAGAUUAGGGUCUUUGUGCUUGAAUGCGUGGUCCAAGGUAGUUCACAAGGUCUCAGAGCGGGCUCUUCCAGUUGGAAGGGAUAUCGGUUGCGCGCCUGUUUCUUGGUUUCCGGGGUUCAAAUCCCACUUUAUGGCCUGAUCUUUGAUCUUUUACAAAGUCUUUGGAGGCCGGGUUGAAGCAAUUCGGAGGUCAUUAUUGAAGGAUUUGUAAAUAUCUGAACUCUUAUUUCUUUACAAAAUUUUGCUUCUGUUUUUUUUUUUCUGGUAAGAAAAAAGCAGGCGUUUCUGUUAGCAAAAGCGCCCUCCCCUGGCUUUUAACUUAUUUAAGGAUGCUUCCUUGAACCCUAAAGCCAGCGACCAAACACCUGUACUAGGAUUCUGUUCUGUCUAUUAGAAUCCCUCGUCAGGCUAUUCUCACCCUUAUCUCGCAAUCGCGGCAAGGUUUUCUUGAGAAUCAUAGGACCGAUACUGGAAAGAGAAGCAAAAGAAGGAAAAGAGAAAGGGAAAAGAGAGACUGGGAGAAGGGAAGUACUGGUCUUGGGUAACUCUCUUUGCUUUCUUUUGGUCUCGAGAACCAUUUUGAAACCAGUGUGAAGAGAUGGCCACGGCAGUGGCGGUGAGGAGCGGCGGAGGCGGUGGUUUGGAGAAGCAGCCGAUGGACGCCGGGAAGUACGUGAGAUACACGGCAGAGCAGGUGGAGGCGCUCGAGAAGGUCUACGCCGAGUGCCCCAAGCCAAGCUCGGUGCGCCGUCAUCAGUUGAUCCGUGAGUGCCCGAUUCUAGCCAACAUUGAGCCCAAACAGAUUAAGGUCUGGUUCCAGAAUCGAAGAUUGUAGAGAUCCUCAAAGAUCGUCCAUCUUGGUUCCGUGAUUGCCGGAGCCUUGAAGUCUUCACUAUGUUUCCUGCUGGAAAUGGAGGCACGAUUGAACUGGUAUACAUGCAGACAUAUGCUCCAACUACAUUAGCUCCUGCAUGUGACUUUUGGACUCUCAGAUACACCAUAGGUUUAGAAGACAGUAGUCUUGUGGUUUGUGAGAGAUCUUUAAGUGGUUCUGGGGGUGGCCCUAACACAACUACUGCUCACCAAUUUGUAAGAGCUGAGAAGCUUCCUAGUGGAUAUUUGAUUCGGCCUUGUGAUGGUGGAGGCUCAAUUGUGCACAUAGUUGACCAUUUGGAUUUGGAGGCAUGGAGUGUUCCUGAAGUGCUGCGGCCUCUUUAUGAGUCGUCCAGGGUAGUGGCUCAGAAGGUGACAGUUGCGGCACUCCAUCAUUUAAGACAAAUAGCACAAGAAAUGAGUGGUGAAGUGGUCUAUGCUUUGGGAAGGCAGCCAGCUGUUCUGCGAACUUUUAGCCAAAGACUAAGCAGAGGCUUUAAUGAUGCUGUCAAUGGUUUUGUUGAUGAUGGCUGGUCGCUUAUGGGCGGUGAUGGCAUGGAGGAUGUAAUAGUUGCUACUAACACAUCAAAGAAAAUCAGCACUCAGGCCAAUUCUGCUAAUGCCUUUUCAGUCUCUGGCGGUGUAAUCUGUGCCAAGGCAUCAAUGCUGCUUCAAAAUGUUCCCCCAGCUUUGCUGGUUCGGUUUCUGAGGGAGCACCGUUCUGAAUGGGCUGAUUACAAAAUAGAUGCAUAUUCUGCAACAUCAUUGAAAGCUGGCUCGUGUUCCUUUCCUGGAUUGAGGCAUUGUAGAUUUUCUGGGAGCCAAAUUAUCAUGCCUCUGGCUCACACAGUGGAGAAUGAAGAGUUUCUUGAAGUAGUUCGCCUUGAAGGCCAGGCUAUUACUCAAGAUGAAGCUCCAGGCCAGGCUGUUUUAUCCAAGGACAUCCAUCUCCUACAGCUUUGCAGUGGAAUCGAUGAAAAUGCUGUGGGGGCUUGCUUUGAACUUGUUUUUGCACCAAUUGAUGAACUUUUCCUAGAUGAUGCUCCACUUUUACCUUCUGGUUUCCGUGUCAUACCAUUGGAUACAAAAAAGGAAGGCUUGGCUUCUAGUCGUACAUUGGAUCUGGCAUCUAGCCUUGAAGUAGGCUCUGCCACAAACCACUCUGCUAGUGACAAAUCCUCAAAUGGUCACAAGUUACGGUCGGUGUUGACAAUUGCCUUUCAAUUUCCUUAUGAAGUGCACCUUCAGGACAAUGUUGCUGCAAUGGCAAGGCAGUACGUUCGAAGCAUCAUCUCGGCAGUACAGAGGGUCUCUAUGGCAUUAGCUCCUUCCCAACCUGGUUUGCAUGUGGGUCAGAAGCUCCUACCAGGCUACCCAGAAGCUGACACCCUUGCUCAUUGGAUUUGUCAGAGCUACAAUUGUCAUUUGGGGAUGGAAUUGCUGAGGUAUGAUGGAGAAACUGGAGAGUCCAUGUUGAAAGUGCUGUGGCAUCAUCAAGAUGCCAUUUUAUGCUGCUCUUUCAAGAUGCAACCAGUUUUCACCUUUGCGAACCAGGCCGGGCUAGAUAUGUUGGAAACAACACUGGUUGCCCUACAAGACAUCAAUCUUGAUAAGAUCUUUGAUGAAGCUGGGCAGAAAGCUCUCUGCUCGGAGUUUGCAAAGUUGCUGGAACAGGGCUAUGCUUACCUGCCAGCUGGUAUUUGCUUGUCUGGGAUGGGCCGCCAUGUUUCAUAUGAGCAAGCUAUUGCCUGGAAAGUCCUUGGUGAGGACAACAGUGUUCACUGUCUGGCCUUCUGUUUUAUGAACUGGUCCUUUGUUUAAGCAGCGUAAUCUAUUGUGUUCUGGGAGCUGCAGAUCCAAUUUUGUAAGUGUAAAGAUCUAUGUUUAUGUAAUUUUUGUUUAAUUAGAACAGUUCUUUUGCCGUAAGAGCCUUUUUGUGGGACGGCCCUGCAUCGAAGGAUGAGUAUGUAAUUGUCCUGCAUGUCAAGAAAUUUCUUGUUGUUGAAAUUAUGUUCUAUUGCGGUCA